AUGCUGGCAUGGCAGGACGGCGGGGCCAAGGCGGCCCCCGCCCACCACAAGAUCUCCUUCUCCGUCCUGGACAUCCUGGACCCACAGAAAUUCACCCGCGCGGCGCUCCCGGCCCUGCGCCCUGCUCCUCGGGAAGCCAAGAAAAGUUUGGCAGAGGCCGAAGCGGGGAAGGACGCCAGCUCGGGGGACCAGGCCAGCCAACCAGAGACCCCUGAUGCUGCGGGCCUAGGCGCGGGGGCGACGUCCCCUCUGGAGGGCUCCGAGGCGGAGGAGGCAGAGGAGGAGGAGGACACGGAGGAUGCGGGAAGGCGUCCGCGGCCGGAGCGGGCCGCGCGCCUGCAGGCGGGCCCGCCGCUCUCCCCUGAGACUCGGGCGGCGGCAUUGGCGGCGGGGGAGCGCGGCGCGGGCGGCCUGGCGGGCUCCCCGGGCUCGCCCGGCUCCCCGCGGCCCCGGCGCCGACGCGCGGAGCCCAGCUGCGCCAAGCCGAGGCGCGCGCGCACCGCUUUCACCUACGAGCAGCUGGUGGCCUUGGAGAACAAGUUCCGGGCCACGCGCUACCUCUCCGUGUGCGAGCGCCUGAACCUCGCGCUGUCGCUCAGCCUCACUGAAACGCAGGUCAAAAUUUGGUUCCAGAACCGCAGGACCAAGUGGAAGAAGCAGAACCCCGGCUCAGACGGCACCGCGCAGGCGGGGGGCAGCGCGCCCCAGCCCGGGGCUCCCGGGGUGGCAGCGUCCAGCGGUGGUGGCGGCACCGGGGGCAGCCCCGGACCCCCAGGCCCCAGCACACUGCCCUUCCAGACUUUUCCCUCCUACUCCGCGGCCAACGUCCUCUUCCCGGCCGCCUCCUCCUUCCCGCUGACUGCCGUCGCAGCUGCCGGGGGCUCCUUUGCGCCCUUCCUUGGUCCCUCCUACCUGACCCCUUUCUACGCCCCUCAUCUAUGA